UUCUGAAGAAAUUGAUUUCAAAGAAUAUACAUUGUGACUGUGUUUUGCGUCCACAUCGCACGUUUUGUGGCAUUUGGAAUUUCGGGGAAUAGGCUAUAGAAAUAGCCUAGGCCUAGUCUAGACUCUUAUAAUUUACAGCACCACAUCUUGGGCAUGUUGGGCCUACGCCUCUGCUGCAUGGAACCCAGGCACCAAGAAAAUCACAGACAUCCUUCAGCGGGUGCAGAGUCUACUUGCAUUCCAGGUGCCAGCUCUGGCAUAGGCUGGGCCACCAGCGUGCUGUUUGCUAAGCUCGGGGCAAAGCUGACCAUCACUGGAAGAAAUGCAGCCAACUUGGACAAAGUGGCCAAACUGUGCCAGGAGAAUGGAUCAGAGCCGUUGGUGGUUGUUGGUGACUUGACUAAAGAGGCUGACAACCAGAAUCUCGUCAAGAAGACGACGGAACAUUUUGGAAAGUUGGAUGUGUUGGUGAACUGCGCUGGUAUUAUUUCAUUGGGAACCAUUGAAACCACGAGCAUGGAGGCGUAUGACACCAUGAUGAAUGCCAACGUCAGGUCAAUAUUCCAUCUGUCGUCCCUGGCUGUGCCUCAUCUGAUAGAGACAAAAGGAAAUAUCGUCAACGUCUCCAGCGUCAACGGUCUGCGAGCAUUUGCCGGAGUGCUAGCUUACUGUAUGUCCAAGAGUGCUCUCGACCAGUUCACCAGAGUCACUGCAUUGGAAUUGGCUCCAAAAGGAGUGCGUGUGAAUGCAAUCAAUCCGGGUGUUAUUGUAACUAACUUGCAGAAGACUGGAGGGCUUGAUGAUGAAGCUUACGCCAAGUUUCUAGAGCGAUCAAAGACAACUCAUGCCCUGGGCCGACCUGGGCAGCCGGAGGAAGCUGCCGAUGCCAUCGCUUUCCUAGCAUCUGAUGCUUCAACGUUCAUCACAGGGGUUACUCUUCCAGUGGACGGUGGACGGCAUGCCAUGUGCCCUCGCUAAGGAAAGCCUGGGUGGCGCUGCUAAGGAUGCGGUAGUGCAGAGGGCAAACAGUGUCUUCCUAUAAUUGUAUAUGAAGCAACCCAGCAAAGUGAGUUUUGAAGUCGGCAGAGAGCUGCAUUUGAGUUACAGGCCAUUGAGACAAGUCUAUUACGCCAUGGGAAUUGGCCAUAACAGUCAUUUUUUAAACCCUUUUGUGACCAAUAUGGUGGGGAUAACAAUUGAGUGAUAUAUCGAAAUGCAAAUCUAGUUCUGUUCUUUUACUGUAAAUGUAAAAAAGAAAGAUUUCCAUGAUCUAGUAACAUUUUGGAAGUUCCUUCUAAAUUGUUUUUCAUGUAGCAGUCUUGUCCUUAAAAUAUAUUAAAUUGCAUAUCAAAUCUUGAGCCUACAGAAUAACAGUGUCUUCAAACCUUGUCUGGUUGGAAGGAUUGGGAAUUAGCCAUUACAAACCUUCAAGGGUCAAGAAUGUAGAUUUUGUAUGGAAACGUGUUGCAUUUGACCUCCGACUCAUCUUUCUAUCAUUUUGCUUUUUGGUUGCUCUCUGUGAAAAAUUUUUUUUUUCUGACAAAUGUGAGGCCCAUUGCUGUGAUGUCAUAACAGUAAGAGACUGUUCACCCGAGGAGGUUUCUGUUCAAAUGAUGAACCUCGUAUUUGCGCAUGCGAAAUUGAAAACUUUGCCCUCCGGUCUACUGUUGUAAUCUGAAACAGCAAGUCACCAAAGUGAACAAAAUUCCAACAACAAAAUACCAAACACUAUAGUGAAGAAACAGCUGUAUCACCAAAGUAUCUGCCUUGGAUAGCAUCACACUUUUGUCCAUAAAUAUCUAAGUUUGCAUGAGCGUUGCAAGUCAUAAAGGUACCAAACUGCCUGUAAAAUGCCGUUCCAAAAAUUAAACGGGACACAAAGGAGUAUCUACGGGAACUGCAUGAAAAAAUGACAUCGCCUUGCUCUUGAAAUGUUAUACACAUGUAUGUUGUGUUGAAAUUUACUUCGUGUCAUCUUGCUGAAAAUAGUCAGUGGGGAAUGCUUCCAAUGCUUCCAUUUAAAUUAUAUCACAAAGUCCGAACUAAGAAUAUAAGUUCAUUAUAAAUUAUAUCUUUGGAGCCUGUAAAUUGUCUGUGUCCUUAUCUUAAAUGUUGUCCUCAGAUAAUCAUGGAGUUCAUUUGUAUCCAUUGGCAUUGAUGCCAAUUACUGAUCCGAGGGUGGCUUUUGUAAAAGGAAUACCUUGUGUACCAUAAAAUUUGUUAAGAAGAAUACUUUGUAAAAGUUGUAGCUCACUUCAUACAGACAAAGGUAUGAAGACGGUAAUGUGACUGGUUUAUUUUGAUGAGAGAAAGAAACUGCAUGAAAUUAUUCUGCAUGCCACAUUGAAGUCCAUGUGGGUUUUAUUCAUUGCAUUCAAAUCUUAUUAAUUGUAAUUCUCAUUCCAUUUAGUUUUAAUUCAUAUAUUUUAUAGAUCUGCAGCUGGCUUCAGAGUAUUUGGCAUGUGGGAAUGAGAGAUUUGUGGUCUGUGGCAAAGCAAACUGUUUAUUUCGCCAUAAACGUUAAUUGGAUAAAUUGCUGAAUCCACGAGAGUUUUUUCUGUUUUCAAUCAGUAAUUCAGAAACCUUUCCCUCAAUACAUUUAUGUUAGUUUUGUGA